GUGAUUGCGUCGCCCAAUCGCGAGCCGGCCGCCCAGAUACGUGGCAUGAAGGCAGCGAUCCCUUCACGAUCCACGUCCGCCAUUUUGACUCACAACAGUUUUCGUGGGAUUGUGUUAGUAAAUUGACGGGAGUUGAUACCUCCCAAGUUUUAAGAAGACAGGUUCCUCUUUUAAACAUCCACCAUGGGGAAUAUGUUUGCAAACCUUUUUAAAGGCCUUUUUGGCAAAAAGGAGAUGAGAAUAUUGAUGGUCGGAUUGGAUGCUGCUGGUAAAACCACCAUUUUGUACAAACUGAAAUUAGGAGAGAUUGUAACAACUAUUCCAACUAUUGGUUUCAAUGUGGAGACUGUCGAAUACAAGAACAUCAGCUUUACAGUGUGGGAUGUGGGUGGUCAGGACAAGAUCAGGCCACUUUGGCGGCACUAUUUCCAGAACACUCAGGGGUUGAUAUUUGUGGUUGACAGCAAUGACAGAGAGAGAAUUGGAGAAGCUAGAGAGGAGCUCAUGCGAAUGCUUGCAGAAGAUGAACUCCGGGAUGCUGUGCUACUCAUAUUCGCUAACAAACAGGAUUUGCCCAAUGCUAUGAAUGCUGCUGAAAUCACAGACAAACUUGGUCUCCACUCACUACGUAACCGCAACUGGUACAUUCAAGCUACUUGUGCAACAAGCGGAGACGGCCUUUACGAGGGUCUGGACUGGCUGUCCAAUCAGCUCAAGAGUGCAAAUCGUUAAGUUUCUUCAGUUCACCCUCCUGACCAUCAGUGGCUGCCCUCCCCUGGCAGUUUCUGCAAGAGAGAUUGGGACUGUGGCCGCAAAAUACAAUGCUAUUUAUCUUUCA